CCGCCGCGGCUGGGCUGGGCAGGGAGGGGCAGGGGAGGGCAGGUGUGGGGGCUCCGCGGUGCGGCGGGGGAUGCGGGGCCCGGGCGCAGCAUGCUGUGGGGGGUGGGCCUGGCGGCGCCCCGCUCCUGCGUGGCGGACCUGAGCCGCAACCGCAGCCUGUCGCUGGGGUGGUGCGCGGGGCCCGAGGAGCCGCCGCCCGCCCUCUAUGGGGGCGAGAUCGUCGCCUUCCCGCUGGCGGGCGGGGGCGCGGGAGGCACCAUGGCGGCGCUGGGCUCCGACUCCUGGUGGAAGAAGACGCUGUACCUGACGGGCGGCGCCCUGCUGGCCGCCGCCGCCUACCUGCUCCACGAGCUGCUGGCCAUACGGAAAGAGCAAGAGCUUGAUUCAAAAGAUGCUAUCAUACUGCAUCAGUUUUCAAGGCCUAAAAAUGGUGUUCCAAGUUUAUCUCCGUUCUGUCUAAAAAUGGAAACUUACUUGAGGAUGGCUGAUUUGCCCUACCAGAACUAUUUUGAUGGAAAACUUUCCCCUCAAGGGAAAAUGCCUUGGAUUGAAUACAAUCACAAGAAAGUAUCUGGCACUGAGUUCAUAAUUGACUUUUUGGAAGAGAAACUUGGAGUGAAUUUAAAUAAACACCUUGGCCCGCAUGAAAGAGCUGUUUCCAGAGCCGUGACAAAAAUGGUGGAGGAGCACUUCUACUGGACUUUAGCUUAUUGCCAAUGGGUGGAAAAUCUUCACGAGACACAAAAGAUGGUUUCACUUUUUGGCCCCUUCAGCGACGUGCUGAAGUGGAUCCUCUGCCAUCUGACCAAAGGGAUCGUGAAGCGGGAAAUGUACGGCCAUGGCAUUGGCCGCUUCUCAGAGGAGGAGAUGUACACGCUGAUGGAGAAGGACAUGCGGACUCUAGCAGGCCUCCUGGGUGACAAGAAGUACAUUAUGGGACCAAACGUUUCCACUGUUGAUGCCACUGUCUUUGGGCAUCUGGCACAGGCAAUGUGGACACUACCAGGGACUCGACCAGAGAGACUAAUCAAAGGUGAACUGAUUAAUCUUGCUAUGUAUUGUGAAAGAAUAAGGAGGAAAUUUUGGCCAGAAUGGCACCAUGAUGAUGAUAACACUCUGUAUGAAUCCGAGGAAAGCAGCGAAGCAAGCAAGACUUACUCCCCUUUGCAGGACUUCAGUUUUUAUUCAAGGACAGAAACAUUUGAUGAGGAAGGGAACAGUAUUUCUCAAACCCCUGACACAGAUUACACUGGACACUCCCUCUUUGAUUCGGAUGUGGACAUGGAUGACUACAGAGAUCAUGAACAAUGCAAGUGAUGUGUACAAGCAUCUCCCGUUUUGCAGACAAGCUGCUUCUUGGGAUCAGUCUGAUUUAUUUUCUCUUCCAGGGUGGGAAGAGGUUUAUACCACUUCGGAAGAGACCAUUGUGCUUGACUCGGCUGUCAUAUGCUACCUGGACUAUUUCAACCUUAUUUCAUUUUGUGUAACUGUUCAGGUGGAACCAAGGUAAACAGUUAUUUAAAACACAUAUGGGCACACUUGAGGUCCAGAGGGCAACAGGACCUUUCAAUCUAUAUUUUUGUUCACAUUCAAAACCAGGUUGGACAGACCUCCGGGAAGUGGGGCAUUUGCCAGAGCUGGUUUGUGCUGAUAUUUUAUCUUUACAGGAAUGGGUUGAGGACGAAAAUGGAAGAGGCACGACUGGCACACCUUUCUCCCAUGGAAGAAAAUGAUUGAUGUAUUGAUUUGGCAUAGUUUUGGGGUGAUUUUAUUUGAUAGAUACCUGCACUCUGGGUGCAUAUGUUAUUACAGUGUCUGCAGGAAAGAACUGCUCCUAGUUCUUUUGAGAUGGUUAAGAAAGGCAGGAGGAAAGCAUAUUCCUACAGAAAAGAGCUUUUUAGUGUUUCUUGUUCUUUGCAGAAGAUUGAAAUUGCUACUUUAGAACAUUUUUAUUCAGAAGGGAAAUGUCAGUUUUAAUGUAUAAUCUCCCAAACGCUCAUCUGGAAUGUGUGUUGGCCAAAGCCUGCCUCAGGCAUCUAAAUUACUUCUGUGUUUUUGAAUUAUUAUUAUUAUGUUUCUAUUUUCUGCUGCUGGCUGUUGUCUGCUAUUGCUAGGCAAGGCUAAAGAAUUGGGAUUUGUUACUAAAAGUCUGGUGCGUCUCGGCAGUGGGUGCUUUGCGCUCUUUACCAACAGACACAUCAAACCCAUGAAGCUUGCAAAGCAAUUUGGGUUAUUUCUAGGUAUGGGAUGCUGUGUAAAUGCAAGAUGUUGGCCUCCCCAAUCAGGUGCUUUAGAGCUGCUGAGGAGGUUGCUUCAGUGGGAGCUGGGUGCUGUGCCGGGUUACAGGGCAUGAUCCCUAAAGCCAGUGCAUGGGAGGCACUUGAGAUAGGACAGCUGAGUCAGCACCGCUGUCUGGGGAUUUCCAGGUGCUGAAAGAGCAACCAGAAGUGAUUUCAAGGUGCCUUUGCUAGCACAUCAGUGAAUCUGGAACCCCAAAUCCAGAAUGAUUGCACAGUUGCUGACAUGCUUCGUGUUCCUAUCUCCCUAAAUGCAGGUUAGAGGGGAGAAUGAAUCCAUUGGAUUUACCAGUUUGAAGGUAAGCCUGGACAUCAGUGUUGCUGGGCCAUAACUAGUUGGUUUUAAGUAGAGAUAAAAUACAUAAAACGUAUAGACAGCUGUGGUAUUUGUGAACAUGCAUAUAAGAUUGGGUAUUUGCCUGCAGACUUUAGUGGUGGCCCAUUUAAAAAUAUUUUAAUUAUGACUUUCUCAGAGUUACAGUUAGAUGAAUCAGGAUCCCUCAGCAAAAUUUUUAUAAUGUGUUGGCUGUGCCAUAUGUUCUGGGAGCAGGCAGAGCAGACAACUGCUUUAGGAUGUUAAUUGUUGGUAGUCUGAAUAGUCUGGAGUUUGAAAUAUCUCCAGCUUUUAAAGAAUACCUCUCUUUCUUGGUUUGUGGACUGUCUUUUGCAGAGGAAAGCAUUUACUCUGGGGAAACACAGAGCCAGCCGUGGCUCUGAAAGCAGGGACACAUGUCUGCAGUGAGUUCCAAGCUCUCUUCAUGCAUGGGAGCCACUGCAGCAAGAGCUGACAAGUUUGCUGUGGUCUGAGAUGGGUGUGAAUUGGUACCUAUUUCCUCAAUUCCCCAGGCAUGUCCUGGGAGCUGUGUUCCAGUUCAGUGGUCUCUGUUGUGGGCAAGUAUCAUUUGCAAAGUGAAUCAAAACCAAGAAGGAGGAAGAUAAACAGGUAUUUGGGACCCUUCUCAGGAAACCAAGCCCAGGAGUAGGGCACAGGAAGAUAAGUCUUGAAAGCACAGAAAUGGUGGCCUGAGAUGCCUGUGAAACUCCGUAGCUGAGUUAGGGCAGAUGCUACCUGCAAAGAUGUAGGUAUUGAUAUUCUGGAUAAAAGGCAUCUAUGUCAAAAAGCUCCUCUUCAAAAACGUUUAUGUGUUUGAAAUUCUGAUGGAGAUGUUCAUUUACCCAUGUUUGAAGGCUGUGCUUUCUCCAUCUUUUCAAUAUUGGGAGGGUGUGCUUGUAGGUAUGGAGGCUCCUGCUGGCAGUGGGUGAGUCCUAGCUGUGAGUCCCAGUUAUUAAAAGACCAGCCUGAAUUCAGCAGACACUGUCACCUUUAUCAUUUUGGUGGGCUGACAGAUCUGUCUGUGACAGCAGUCCAUGUGACAUUCCGAAACGCAGGUUAACCAGAAGUCGAUGAUGUCAUUUUACUCUCCUGUGUGAGUGCAGCCAGAUUUGGAUUUUGUGUGGCUGGGUGCAGAGACAGGAGACGCCAGUGCAGCGCAGAGCCGGUGGUGUGCCAUGGCCCCAUUCUCUGCCAGCACCUGGAGCAGCUGGCAUGCUGGGUAGAGCCGGUGCUGCCGUACCAUGGCACGGGUACCUGUGCCAAGGUUGUACAUGCCACAGGGGGCCAUGGUUACAUUCACACCUAGUGUUUUUUGCUUUUGUUGUGAAUAAUCAGCAUGGCUCAGUGGAGGCUGAACCUCACCCUGACCGGCCAGGUAACCGGCUUCGUCGCUGGGGAGGGUGAAGAAGAAAGGAUGGGACGGGGUUGCAGAAGGGGAGGUGGCUUUUUACUGUCGGCUGGGAUUUUCCAGGGUGUUAAUCAGUGAGGUGAAUGUAUUUUGCAGCUUGUCACACGCCUUCCUUUUCUGAGGGACUACUCAGGUUACUUUAGAGAAUUUAGUUGGGAGAAGUUAGUUGGCUUUCUCCUUGUGACAACUACUCUUGAUAAAGUCUACAUUUCUGUGUUUGGCUGUGUUUCAAACUAUAGAGGUGAAAUUAGGAAACGGCAUAUCUUUAGGAAUUUAUAGGUGUAGUGUUUUGUCCAGGUUUCGUAGGAAAUCCUUGGGUUUAAUUACCCCUUCCAGAAACAAAUACUGACUGUUAGACUUGUUUAAAACGAUUGAAUCCAAACUUUCCUUUUGGAAGCUGGUCUUAAUAAAGUGUUCCUGGGGGUGGGUAAGAUGUUUUUUAAAAAAAUUGCUUUUUAAAUAUCUGUGAAAAAAUGUUAGUUCAUUUUGGUUUGCAUGGGGAAGAGAAGAUGAGUUUUCUUCAAAAAAACCCUCAAACAAACAAAAAGAACAAAUUUUUUUUACUUUCCAGAAUUCUGCUAAAAGAGCAACAUUUUCUUAGUCCUGCAGUGUUUUGUGGUUUUGUUUUUGUUUUCUCCUCGAUUGUCUCUAUUUAGUGCUGAGGGGCUAUACAGAACUAAAAAUAGUUGGAGAACAUUCUUUUUUUCUUUUUUCUUUUUUCUCUCUCUCUCUUUUUUCUCUCUCUCAUUUUUUGUCUCCCUCACUGAUCAAAAUUGCAAGCAAGUCUGUCACAGGGAUGCCAGAGGUUCUGGCUGUGCUGCCGAUGGGGGUCAGGGACAUCAGGUGAAACCUGGGACAGCCGUGGGGUGCUGACUGCCUGGUGGGUGAGCUGGGGUGGCCUCUUCAAGCUGGAGCUGGGCGACGGAUGCCACGAUGUCAUGCCUGAGGUGACAUGGACCACAUAAGACUUUUCUCUGGCUGGGGAUCCCACCACCAGGGCUAGACACUCAUUGUGGGGUGACAUUAGGAAUGGUUCUGGGACCCACAUCACAAGAGUCCUAUGUCCGUGAGGUCUCUGAGAGCAUCACAGCUGCCAGCACCAAACGUGGUUCUGGUCCCAGCCGCAGCUUUGGGCUGUUUUCGGGUAGAUGGUGGUACACGGUCCUGGCAGGAGGAAAGCUAGCUUGGGGCUCCUCCACACUGUCUGUCCCCUCCUAAAAUACGACAGGGGGCCCUUGGAUGGUCAGGGAGGAGGCAGUGGGUGGGAUGCGGGGAGGGUGCUGAGUGGCAGGUCGUCGCAGGAGGACAAGGGCUGAACCUGCGGCCUGGCCAACGUCGUUCCAUCAGCCGGGCAGGAGCCCUGCCCUGCUCAUGGGCUGGAGUGCAGCCCCUCAUCCCAGUGAGGAGACAGUGCGAUUCCUCCCAGUUACUUUACCUUAAAUACCACCAAAGGCUGAGUACUUCGUUUCCGUAUUCUGCUUUAAGAGAAUGGGUAAUUGGUCUGCUCCUCAUUUGGCAAAUGGGAGUUUAAAGCAAGCCCUGCUUGAAGCAGUCUGUUGUUUUCUUAUGUGAAUUGCAGUGUUUGGCUUCAUAACACUCUGCCAUGUCAGAAGGGAUUUGUUUACCCCUGUCGGACUCAUUGGCUCUGUCAGCAGAGCUCACUGUUACUGAGUGGGGGAAACAGAUGCUGGGAUAUAUAGGUCCUACAGAAAUACUACAAAUGUGGUGCUUGAUUUAAAAACCAAACCAAACGUGAUGUUUCAGAUCUGGAGGACUGUUCCCAUCCAAUUAUAACACUGCAAGUCACGUGUUUUGAUCUUUAAAACCUUGGCAGUGUCCCUCCAGAUCUAUAUUCUCUUUGAAAAAAUACUGCCUGAAAUAUUUCUGCAGCAACAGUUCAGGCACAAAUUUCUUUUUGUCAGUGAUGUCUGCUCAAGUAAUCAUGACAGUUUCAUACUGUUUUCAUUGAAAGGGCUGUAUCUGUCAGAUACUAAGACUUACAAAAUACUGCCUGCUGGAAAAGUGUGUUAUGUGCAGAUUUAUGCAGGGCAGCUCACCAAGUGAAAUUUCUGUGGCAGAGGAUGAAUUCAAGUGGGUCUUGUCCUUAAAUGUUUGAAUAAGAAUUUGAAUCUGUUUUCUGACAAGUAGCUAUUUAGUCUAGCCCCCCCCAUGCCCUAACACUGCAAAAUUAGGCAUGUGAUCAAAAUAAAGCAAAUUAUCCUCUCUAAAUGCAGAAUUAGGUUGGACAACCCAGCAGCUGGCAUAUGGAAAUGGAUAUACCUAGCGUAGGUGUGAGUCAUGUCAAUACGUGUCAGCGGCUGUGAUCUGAAGGAGCGCCCAAGCAGUCGUGUCUAAUCCCAUGCACCAAGAGGACCAGAGGUACCUUAGAGUGACCGCGGUGGUUUUCAGCAGUUGAUUAGUACUGCAAGUGUCUACGUGCGCCGUGUUAUGCUUCAGGUAUUUGUUAGUGCUAGGUAGGCAGCGCAGAGACUCCUUUCGGUAGCUGUGGUUGCGGUGAGGCUGCCAGCGUGUUGUCAUCCCAUGCUGCAGAGUCGUCUGUGUCCUGGCGACGAAGGGCAAGGAUGAGGAUCGGUCUGGAUUUGACCCCUUUAACAGAGCAUUGCAGUGAACACAGCUUUGAGCUUACCGGUGAACAUGGGCCAUCGUGUCCAGCUGGUGCCCUGUUGAGGGAAGGCAUUCUUCAUCCCCCUGUACCGCAUGGGUGUUUGACAGAAGGGGGGAUUUAAUUUUCAGGCCAGGAACCCUAGUCUUUGUGGCUUUGCCUUAGCGGAGAGGUGUUGAAACACAAAUCGGCUCUGUCUCUGUGGUUUUGGGCAAUCCUUCCUUUGGCCAUCGGGGAGGGCGUCUUUUGGUGUUCCUUCCCUAUGGAUGUACUCUGGUGUGAAGUACUUCUCAGCAAAGGUUUCUGCAGUUCCCUGAGGAGUUUGGAACAGAAAUGGGAUGUCUGUGUACAGCACAGGAAUCUCAAUCAAUGGAAACGUUCAGCAUGUCCCUGCAGUGCUAAACUGUUAGUACCACGUCCUGGUUGCCCCACUUCCAGGUUUUUAAGGCCAGAGGUGAUCGUUCGAGGCAUUUAGUCUGACUCGUGCAUAAAAAGGAUUGUAAGAUUUCAUCUAACUAUCUCCACGUUCAGCUCAACAAACUGAAGCUGAAAUGGAGUGUAUGCUUCCAAAAGAUAUUCAACUUUUGCAGAACAAGUAAAACCCUGCCCCCUUUGAAGUCACUGACAAAAGUGCCAUUUGCUUCAGUGGGGCCAGAAUUUCGGACCAAGCUUCCAAGUGACCCAGAAUUCACCACUUCUCUUAUUCCUCUAAUUAUCCUCACCUAAAAAUUUGCCUUAUUUGGGGUAGUAAGGCAAACAAGAUGUGACCCUUGCUUUUUUAAGUUCUCUAAACAAAAAAAAAAAGUGCAUUUUUAAGCUUCACUGGUCGUGAGGACAUUGUCACUGGGCACUAUGUUUGCGUGUGUUCUUCCUUCACUUUGUAGUUUGUUCUUACGACUAAUCUUUCUUCGAAUGUACAGGUUUUUAUUUUCCAGGAUACUUGAAGAAUGCAAGUCCCAAAGUUUUAACCAUUGGGGUGUGCAAUCCAGCAAGAAUAAAGUACGUGUGGGUGGGUAUGGGGGGAGGGAUAUAUCCAGCUAGAUGCAGUGUACAAGGUUUAAUUAAUAAAAUGAAGAAACACAUUGCUAAAUGAGGACUUUAAUGCUGUAGCUGCAUUAGGUUGUUUGUCUAUGAACUUACAUGAGACAUACAUUAUUUUAGCACUGUUAUUACUACUAGUUUAUAAAGCCAUAUUUAAAAUUGUACACUUAAUUGUAACAUAACUUUAAAUUGUGCACUGUGUUGAUCCAUGUGUAUAUAUAUAUGAAAAUCUGUAUAUUUUGUCUUUAUGCCGUAUGUCAUUGGUGUGUAAAUUAUAACUAAUGGAUCUAAAA